CUCCGAAAGAUGCUGUUUACGAGUCCUUUUCCUCUCUCAGUUCACACGCACACAAGUAUGCUCUGCUCGUCUCUUUUUCCUCAUUUUCUCUCAAAUACAGGACCAUGGAUAUAUAGAGGCCCUUCCUCUCUCGAAAAAGACUACUCCUUUUUUGUUUAUAACUAGUUUGGAAGCAGAGAAAACGAGGGAAAACCUGAGGGAAAGUUAUAAAGGGUACAUACAAUCUUUGUAAGCAUAAUCUGCAAAACCUCAUCUGGGUUUUUCUGUUCAAUCAAAUUUCUCAUCUGGGCACUCCUUUACCCCCAAAAACCUCUCUAAAAAACUAAACUUGAGAAGGCAUCAAUGAUCAGUCUCACAGACCUUUACCAUGUUCUCACAGCUGUGGUACCACUUUAUGUGGCCAUGAUUUUGGCUUAUGGUUCAGUCAAAUGGUGGAAAAUAUUUAGCCCUGACCAAUGUUCAGGGAUCAACAGAUUUGUGGCUCUAUUCGCUGUACCUUUGCUUUCUUUUCACUUCAUUUCCACCAACAACCCCUAUGCUAUGAACUACAGGUUCAUUGCAGCAGAUACUCUUCAAAAAAUCAUAGUCUUGGUGGUUUUAGCUAUUUGGACCAGAGUUAUCUCUAGAGGCUCCCUUGAAUGGUCCAUUACUUUGUUUUCACUCUCUACUCUCCCAAACACUCUUGUUAUGGGCAUCCCUUUGUUGAAGGGUAUGUAUGGAGAAGCCUCAGGGAGUCUUAUGGUCCAAAUAGUUGUUCUUCAAUGCAUAAUAUGGUACACAUUGAUGCUGUUCUUGUUUGAGUAUAGAGGAGCUAGAAUCUUGAUUGGUGAACAGUUUCCCGAUACUGCUGGUUCUAUAAUAUCAUUCAGGGUUGACUCUGAUAUUCUUUCUUUAGAUGGUAGAGAGCCAUUGCAAACUGAUGCUGAAGUCGGUGAAGAUGGGAAGUUACAUGUUACUGUUAGGAAAUCAACUAGCUCGAGAUCAGACGUGUUUUCUCGGAUGUCUCAUGGUCUAAACUCGGGCCUUUCAAUGACUCCUAGACCGUCUAAUUUAACCAACGCAGAGAUAUACUCCCUUCAAUCUUCUAGGAAUCCUACCCCAAGAGCCUCCAGUUUUAACCAUACUGAUUUUUAUUCUAAGAAUGCAAGCAAUGCCAGUCCAAGACACUCGAACUUCAGUAACCUGCAAUUUGAUGAAGAAAGUGGAGGGCUUGGGGUGUUUGGUAAUGUUCCAAGAGCAAAUGGAAGCGCUUAUCCUACUCCACCUAAUGCUGGGAUCUUUUCUCCCGGGGGUAAAAAGAAGGCAAACGGGACUGAGAAUGGCAAGGAUUUGCAUAUGUUUGUUUGGAGUUCAAGUGCUUCACCAGUAUCAGAAGGUGGCCUACAUGUCUUUAGGGGAGGGGAUUAUGGCAAUGACCUUGGUGGGGUAGCUAACCAAAAAGAUUAUGAAGAAUUUGGUCGAGAUGAGUUCAGCUUUGGAAACAGACCUGUACCUAAUGGGGUAGACCGUGACGGUCCAGUGCUUUCUAAGCUUGCUUCAAGCUCCACAGCUGAGCUGCACCCAAAGAGUGCUGCUAAUGGUGAACCGAAGCCAACUGCCAUGCCUCCUACUAGCGUUGUGACAAGACUCAUUCUCAUUAUGGUGUGGAGAAAACUUAUCAGGAAUCCCAAUACUUAUUCCAGUCUAAUUGGGCUCACAUGGUCUCUUGUUUCGUUCAAGUGGGACUUGGAGAUGCCUCAAAUAAUUGCUCAUUCUAUAUCUAUUCUAUCCGAUGCUGGUCUUGGAAUGGCCAUGUUUAGUCUUGGUUUGUUCAUGGCAUUGCAGCCUAGGAUUAUUGCUUGUGGAAACUCAGUUGCUGCCUUUGCCAUGAGUGUUAGAUUCCUCACUGGUCCUGCAGUCAUGGCUGCUGCUUCAUUUGCUGUUGGACUACGAGGAGUUCUACUGCACAUUGCCAUAGUGCAGUCAGCUCUUCCACAAGGGAUUGUGCCCUUUGUCUUUGCAAAGGAAUACAAUGUUCAUCCUGACAUACUGAGCACUGGAGUUAUAUUUGGGAUGCUAAUUGCUUUGCCAAUCACACUGGUUUACUAUAUUUUGCUUGGACUUUGAAGGUGAGGGCAUCCCUGGAGCUGAUGAGCAAUGAUUAGUUACUUACGUAGGUGUACCUAACACAUUUGGCCUAUGGGAUUUUUUGGGCAUUCUCUAACAGAACGUGAACUUGAAGGGAAACUAGGGAGAGGGAUUUAGGAGUAGGAAAUGCAACAAUAUGUAAUUGUCUAAUUGAAAGAAAUCUUUUCUAGUCA